AUGCAAGGUGUGAGAGAAUUUGCCCAGGCAGCGCGAAAUCCGCGAGAGCUGGUCCGCUACGCCCGGGGGAACAUAGAGUUGUGGGCCAACCUGUUCGUGAUCGGCGGGAUGGUGGCGUUCAUGCUGUGGCAGGGCGUCGGGUUCGCGGUGAUCGUCGGAACCGUGUUUGCGAUCUGGGCGAUCCUGGCCGUCAGCCUGAACCUCGUGGUGGGAUUUACUGGGCUGCUGUCGGUGGGCCAUAUCGGUUUCUUCGGGCUGGGCGCCUACACCAUGGCGAUCCUGACGUCGAACCCAGCGUACGAGCAGCUGCGGACGGAGGCGAUACCGACAUUCGGCUGGCCGUUCUUCGCGGCGCUGCCGGUGUGCAUAGGGCUGGCGGGGUUGGCCGCCCUGCUGGUGGGCGUGGUGUUCAACCGGUUCCGCGACGACAUCUUCGUGCUGGUCUCCUUCGGGUUCGCCAUCAUCGCGUACAACGUGUUUCUCAACCUGAGGAGCGUCACCCGAGGGGCAUUUGGAAUACAUGAGAUUGCCCGGCCCCAGAUUGGCGAUUGGGUGUUCGAUGGAGAGGUCGAAUUCCUGCUGCUGGCGAUGGCGUUCCUGGGUCUGGUGAUGCUGAUGUCAUGGUUCAUCACGACUUCGUCCUUCGGGCGGGUGCUCACGGCAAUCCGGGAGGACGAGCAGGCCAUUGAGGUGUUCGGAUACCAGGCCACGCACUACAAGCUGGCAGUCUGGGUCAUUUCGGCGAUGAUGACGGGUCUUGCGGGAGGAUUGUUUGCCAGCUGGACCACGUUCAUCGACCCCAACUCUUUCAUCCUGCUGGAGUCGGUGCUGCUGGUAUCCAUCGUCAUACUGGGUGGGCUGGCGACGAUUUGGGGUUCGCUGCUGGGCGCGAUGGCCUUCGUGUUGCUGGAGGAAGGGAUGCGGUUCAUACCCUUCCUGCCCACGGAAUACGUCGGUCAGGCGCGGCAGGUGGUCCUGGGGAUCCUGCUGGUGCUGUUGAUGCUGUUCCGGCCGCAGGGACUGGUAGGGAGGUACAGGCUAUGA